CUCAAUCUUGUUGAGAGUCGCCGGCGCCGGCGAUUCCUCCUCCACCGAUUCGCCCGGCGGGAGUCUCCGCAGGGCUCACCGGGACCGCGGGUCCACGAUGGCCGCCAACUUCUGGACGUCGUCGCACUGCAAGCAGCUGCUGGACCCCGAGGACGUGGACCUGGUGCCGGCGGCGGACCGGGAGCGAGGCAUCACGCCGGAAGAGUUCCGCCUCAUCAAGAUCCAUAUGUCGUUCCGUGAGCUCCUAUCCUCGCUAGUCUUUUCCUGACACCUUGCAUUAUCAUUUCCCGAUGUGAAUCAGCUUUAGAUUCUACACUGCUUCUGUAUUGUGCACUAAAAAAGAUCAUACCAAACUCUGAGCUGUUAGAUGUUGGAACUGCUAAUCUUUUAUGAUAUUAGACGCAUCAAAUGCAGACUGAUCUGAUGUUCAAACGAUUGCUGGUUUUCCACGACUGUGACAAGUAACUUGUGUAUAUGUAGUUAGACCCACGAGCAUCCUGCUAUGUGCCUUUAUAUCAUGGGUUUUUAUGUGACGCUAAGAUCAAACGUCUGCCUGCCAUUUCAGUUGAGAAAGAAAGAAAAAUACGAUGUUUUUCUUGUUUUCACCCUACUGAUUUCAAACAAACAAGUUCAUAGUCCUUGGUUGUGUUAUUGUGCCUUUUUGCAAUCCUUGCUUUUAUUAAUUCAGUGCAGUCUUAAUUCAUAGUAUUAGUGUAUCGCUAAAUUAGACUCCAUGUUUUUAAGGAAACCAAACACAUAGUUCAUUUUCAUACAUUUACAUCCAUCACAGUAUCUCACAUUUUCACAUUAUUGAUGUCCAUUUUGCAUUAGGACACCUGGUGUAUUUUUGAAUGCCUUAUCAAUACAAGCAUUUGAUGAUUUCAGAUAUCUGGAGGCUAGCACAGCAGGUUAAAGUUAGGCAAAGAGUUGUAGCUACAGCAAUAGCUUACUUCAGGCGUGUGUAUACAAGGAAGAGCAUGUCAGACUAUGAUCCUCGUUUGGUUGCACCUACUUGUUUGUAUUUGGCAUCUAAGGUGGAGGAGAGUACAGUGCAAGCCCGACUUCUUGUAUUUUAUAUAAAAAAGAUGUGUGGUUCCGAUGAUAAGUAUCGGUUUGAAAUUAAGGAUAUUCUUGAAAUGGAAAUGAAGCUCCUGGAAGCUCUCGACUAUUAUUUGGUUGUUUUCCAUCCAUAUCGUCCUCUCUUACAGUUGUUGCAGGAUGCUGGCAUAACAGACCUGACACAAUUUGCCUGGGGCCUUGUUAAUGAUACAUACAAGAUGGACCUUAUCCUCAUAUACCCUCCCUACAUGAUUGCACUGGCCUGCAUAUACAUAGCGAGUGUUUUGAAAGAUAAGGACACCACAGCAUGGUUUGAAGAGCUCCGUGUUGACAUGAACAUAGUAAGCAGUUCUAUUAUUGGUUUCCCGGCUAUUUAUUCUGUAUUGUUUUCUUCACCCAACUCUGUGACUUGCAAUUCCCAGGUUAAGAAUAUCUCUAUGGAAAUAUUAGACUUCUAUGACACCUACAAGAUUGAUCCUCAAAGGGGCAUCCCUGAGGAUAAGAUAAGCCCCGUGAUGAACAAGUUGCCGGCAAAGGCUUAACUCAGAUUUGGCGAGCUUAGGAGUUGUAAACUAGUAGUAAACUACAUCAUACUUCCACCAUGUGUGUACUCAGCCUGCACUGUCGCUUGAGACGUGUUGAUGAACUACUUGAUAGAUUCGAUGCAAAAACCCCAUGGAAUUGUUUGUGUAUGCUGCUGGAGUUUAUUCAAGUUAGUAGCAUCUGCAUCUAUUAACUAUUUAUUACGAUUGUUAUUCCAGGGUUCUUGACAUUAAUAUGAAAGGUGCUACUUUGUUUU